AUGAUGAAGGCACAUUUGGAAGUGAAAAAUCAACUCAUUCACAGUUUAGAAAAUAUCAUCGAUGAACAGGAAGGACGAAUUCGAAAUAUGGAUGAUUAUAUUAAUGGUCGAAUUCAAUCAUUUAGUGUUCGGAAUAAAAUUCUCAAAGGUAUUUCACUGCUUUCACUUGAAUUCGGUACUUUAAGCGAGGAAAAUUUAGCACUCAAAGAAGCACUUGUCAACGCACAACGUUCAAUACGUCUAUUGCAAUUGAAAAUGGAAGAUCCAUUAUUAGAUAAGGCACCAGAAAAAAUCGAUAAAGUGUGUCAAACAAAUGAAACAAAACAGGAUCAUCAUUUUGAUUUAUGCCAUCUACAUAUUGUAAAAAAACAGGAAGAAUUGAAAAUGCAAAUUUUUCAUGAGAAAAAUAACAAUCAUGGAUUGCUGUAUGAUCAGGAGACAAUUGCAACAUUGCAGAAAAGUGUAAAACAAUUAAUGGAAGCAAAGAUUGAACUAAAGAAAUUGAUAAGUGAUAUUCAAAUAGCAACACGUGAAGAAUUAUAUGUAAUACGUAAAGAUAUGGAAAUACGAAUUGGUUGCGUCAUUAAAUCACUGAUAAGACGAUAUCAGAAGGAAAUUGAUGCUAGAAAGCGAUUACAUAAUAAACUGGUCGAGAUGAAUGGUAACAUUCGUGUAUUUUGUCGUAUACGACCAGCGUUAGAUAAACAUUCCAAAUUAUCAUUACUGAUUGAUUCAAUUGAUAAUGGUCUAAUUACUGUUGAGAGUAUCAAUGGCGAUCGAAAGAAAUUUAAUUGCGAUCGAGCUUUUACUGAAAAGCAUACACAAUCUGAUAUCUUUGAGGAAAUUUGUCCAAUUAUAACAAGUUGCAUGGAUGGUUAUAAUGUAUGCAUAUUUGCAUAUGGACAUACCGGAAGUGGUAAAACGUAUACCAUGGAGGGAUUACCAAGUGAUCCUGGUGUAUAUCAACGAUCUUUAAUGCAUUUAUUUCGAAUAGCAAAAGAACGCUUAAAUGAUAUUGAUUAUAUAAUUUCAAUUUCAAUGUUAGAAAUAUAUAAUGAGAAAAUAAGAGAUUUAUUAUCAAAUGAUAAGAAUAAUCUUCCAAUACGAAUCGGCAAUGAUGGUAUGCUGGAUAUACCGGGUUUACGUGUACUUAACGUAAAUACGUUAGAAGAAGUACAAGAAAUAUUGGAGAAAGGGCGGAUGAAUCGAGUAAGUGCGACAACUGAUUUAAAUGAUCGUUCAAGCCGUUCACAUGCCGUUGUUUGUGUUCGAGUUCGAGCAAUGAAUCGUACAACAAAUGCUGUUUCAGAAAGUCGAUUAAAUUUGGUUGAUCUGGCCGGAUCAGAACGAGUGAGCCAAUCAGGUGCAACAGGUCAACAGCUUAAAGAGGCACAAUGCAUUAAUAGGUCAUUAUCCGAAUUAAGUAACGUUGUCAGUGCCUUACGACAACGACAGCAACAUAUUCCGUUCCGAAAUUGUCAACUAACUCGCCUACUUGAGAACUGUUUGAAUGGAGAUAGUAAGACGUUUGUGAUUGUGCAAUUAGUGCCAGAUGCAAGUGCAAUCCAGGAAACCGUUAGUAGUUUGAAUUUUGCCGAUAAACUAAGUAAAGUGCAGAAGCGAAGCCUAAAUUCUAAAGUGUCACAAGUUGACAAUGGACCCUUAUCAACAACAUCCAAACAUGGAAGGCCACAUCUAGAACCAGGCUUUUUACGUUCAAUGAGCGUACGUAUAAAGAAUAUGGAAAAGGAUACAAAUAACAGUAAAUGGGUAUCAGCUCUAAAUUCGUCAUCUGUUGGCCUCAAUACUCUUCCAAGUUGUGUAUGCCUGACAGAUCUUUAUGGUGAUGGUGAUUUUAAAUUAGUUAUUGGUGAUUUUGGUACUGAAAAAUAUGACAUUCGAUUGAAAGUAUUUCGAGGCAUACAAUUGAUUGGUGAAAAUGUUCUCAGUGAUUUACCAUCUGCUAUAGUAUCAUUUAAUAAUGAAAAUGUGCAGCCUAAUUUAUCAUCUUUAGCAGUUGCUUGUGGUCCAUCAAUUCUAAUUUAUAAGAAUUUAAAACCAUUUUACAAAUUCACACCACCGUCAUUGGAAAUAAACGAUGAUGAAGCAGAAGCAUGGCGACAUGUUGAAGCAGGUCAUAUUAAUGCAGCACAACUUCAUGCAGUACUUGUAAAACUAUUUCAAAAGAUUGGUGCUAUGGAAUUGACAACUCGUUCACAAGCAUUUUUAUGUAGCAAAGAGAAUGAUCGAGAAAAUAUACUUCAGCAAUGUUUGCAUAGCAAAUUGGUUCAUCGAAGUACCAUAACCUGUAUGACAACAAUGAAACGGUCAUCUGCUGAGCUUAGCGCUAUUGAUUGUAUCAUUUGCGCCACCGAAUAUGGCUAUGUUUAUUGCAUUGAUACACAAGCAUUUACCAUUUUGGCGCAAUGUAAAAUAUCGGGAAUUCCCGUCUUUUUAUAUGCUGCAGGUUUAUAUGAUGUGGAUUAUCGAAUAUUUGUGAGUACAAGAGAUGGUGAAAUUUUUAGUAUUAAACGAGAUGUGAAAAUAGUAUCGAAUCCAAUUAUCACUAUGACAACUGAUAUUCUCGGUAUGAUACGCGUUGGCAAACAGUUGGUGAUAGCAUGUACCGAUCAGAGGAUAUCAUUUUUUGCUGCAAAUGGAAAAUGCCAAAAUAAAAUAAAACUGAAUGAAAGUAUACGCUGUAUCGAUACUUUCACUUAUGAACCUAAACAAUAUGUUGCUUUAUUGGUUGCCUUGGAUAGAGAGGUGAGAAUUUAUAAUGAAACAACGUUAGUGGAUCAGCAAACAAUUGAUCAAUCAAUAAAUUGGAUCAAAUAUGGACAGUUUGGGCAUGAAGAAGGCGCACUAAUUAUUGGGACAAUGUGUAAGGAUGGAAAUGACAUCUUACUCUUACCUUAG